CGUGUGAGUGUUUGGUUAGUUUGCGUUGCGUUAGCGGUUGCGAUAAGUUCCGUUUAUUUAUUUACCGAGUGUUUCCUUUCAGGUUGUGCACGGAUAAUGAACAGAGUUUAAUAAAUAAACGCUUUAUGUUCUGAAGGAUAGCAGUAUGGAUGCGGUGAAAGCUUUCAACACUGAGAUGGCGUCCAUGCUGGACAUGAAGCCGCCGAUCUCUCGAGCGAAAAUGAUGUCCAUUACCAAAGCUGGGAUGAAGGCUAUUAAGCUGUAUAAACAUGUUGUCCAAAUCAUUGAGAAGUUCAUCAAGAAGUGUAAUCCUGAGCUGAAGGUUCCCGGUCUGUAUGUGGUGGAUUCGAUAAUCCGACAGUCCCGUCAUCAGUUUGGAGAAGAUAAAGACGUAUUCGGGCCGAGGUUCCUGAAGAACAUCAGCGCCACCUUUCAGAAUCUUUACGAGUGUCCUCCUGAUGAUAAGGACAAGAUCCUGCGUGUGUUGAGUCUGUGGCAGAAGAACUCUGUGUUCAGUCUGGACAUCAUUCAGCAGCUGGUGGACAUGGGGUCAGCUCCAGUGGUGUCUGUAAUGGAGAAUGGUGGUACACUGGGAGGAUCUCCACCUGAAGCAAUGUGUGUUCAGCCAACACCAGAACCAGAACCAGCCUCACUUCCUGUAUCUCAGAACCCAGCAGAACAGCAGAGCAACGUGACGCUCGCUGCAGUGGCUCAGUUCCUCCAGUCUGCUCAGGGCCUCGAUCUCCAGCAGAUUCUGCAGACUCUCCAGCAGGGAGGCGCUACACAGGCUAGCACGGCUAAUACCGCUAGCAUGGCUAACACCGGCCCUGCCCCACAGAAUAGCACAAUCUCUAAGGUGCUGCAGGAACGAUUCGACUAUGAUGAGGAACCAGAUGCUGAGGAACCACAGCCGGUGGAAAUGUCUCCCACUUCGUCCAUACAACUUCCAGAUCUGCAGCUAGCUCUCCAGGGUCAUCAUCUCGGACAACCUUCCAACCAGGUGCUUCCUACACCACAGGUUGAACAAACCGUGUCCAACCCUGAGAACAACACUUGCGCUGUUCCAGAACCCCACACGGCUGAAUCGGGUCACUCCCGGAGAGACGACCGAGACAGGAAGUACAGCAGGCGGUCACGGUCACGGUCACCCAGGAGGCGUUCGUCGUCUCGUUCUCGCUCUCACUCGCGACAUUCACGGUACAGGCGCUCUCGUUCCCGCGAGCGUCGGAGGAGUCCGCCGAGAUCCCAUGCAGAAGACCGGAGGGAGAUGGAGAGGCGAAAUAAAGGAUUCCCGCCCAUGAAGAAAGAGACGCUCAGCGUGUGCAGCACGACUCUGUGGCUCGGUCAACUGGAUAAGAAAACGCAGCAGCAGGACGUCAGCAGUCUGAUGGAGGAGUUCGGCCAGGUCGAGUCCAUCAACAUGAUCCCUCCCAGAGGGUGUGCCUACAUCGUCAUGGUUCACCGACAGGACGCGUACACUGCUCUGAAUAAACUCCGCCGAGGAAACCCCAAGAUCAACCACAAGUCCUUCAAGAUUGCAUGGGCGAUGAACAAAGGUGUCGGAGGGCGCUUUAAGAAGUACUGGGACACGGACCUGGGCGUGACCUACAUCCCCUGGGAGAAGCUGAAGGACGCGGAGAUAGUUGCUUUGCGGGAGGGAGCAGCGCUCGACCAGGCAACGCUCAAACCAGAGUGGGCCUCGAUGCUUGCUGAGCUCGUUAAACCCAUUGGAGACGGCGGAGAGGGACCUGAAAGAGAACGCGUGGGCGGAGCUACAGUCGUGUCACAGGUGCCUGCUGUAAGCCCAGAGUCCGCCGUUGAGCGCACCAACAUGCUUCCAGCUGAUCCUGUGGAGCCUCCGUCGGACGAACCCAUCACCGGGCCGCAAAGCCACAUCGGACCUUUACUUCUUAAUCCUCCUCGUCCUCCUUUUAUACCUCGCUUUCCCAACAUCCUGCGUCCUCCAUCUAAUCCGCCGCCUCCUCACGUCCCGAGGCCUCCCAUGUUCCGGGUCAGGUUGCCCACGCCGGGUCCGAACGACCCUGCUGAAGAGUUCCCACACCCAGGCGGCAUGGACGCUGAGCGCUGGAGCAGCAGGCCUUUCAGGAAUGACUGGCAGGAUCAUGGAGCGCCCAGGGGACCGGCCGAGUGGUUCGGCCCCAGGCCUCCGUUCAGGCACGGCGGGUGGAGCAGAGGGGGUCACUGGGGUCACGGACAGUUCGGAAACUGACAGUCCAAAAACAAAACAUCAAACUAACAAAAUAGAUAAAUCACAUCGACCCGGGUUCACAAAAAAAGGAAAGAGAAAAUUCUUCUGAAUUGACCAAAAGUCUAGAAAAAUUAUUCAACACUAAUAAUUACAAAAUUAAAAAAAAAAGUCAACAAAAAGUAUCAAAUGUUCCAGAAUCUUCCCGAAGAAAUUCAUGGAAUUAUUGGAAUUUAUAUAAAAUAUAAUGUAUAUAAAUAUAUCUAUUCCUUAAAAAGAAAUUCCCAAAAUUCUACAAAAUUGUCAUUAUUCUCUAAACCUCACAACUACAAAAUUGCUUGAAUGUAUAUUUAAAAAAUUCCAUGAAUUAGGUUUUUAAAAAAAAAUUUCCAAUGGUCUCUAAAAAUUCUCCAAAUUUCUCUAAACAAAUGAACUAAAAAUAGGAACAUUUUCCAAAAUGUUACUGAAACAACCAAAAAAAAAAUCCACAAUUUUUUUUUAAAAUAAGUUCCAUGAAUUUCAAAAAUCCCAGAAUCUUUCAAAAGUUUUUGCACACCAUAACCAAAUUAAAACAAAAAUUUUCAAAGACCGUAAUGCCGAAUAUGAAACCGGUGAAACACACGAAUGGAACUCGAGUCGUUGUUGGGACUUCAGAUUGAGAGAUGAAUCCGACUGACUGUCCUCAGAGUUCACUGGGCAACUUCUCAUUUCAUUCUAAACUCUGAUAUGUUUUAACUUGACGUUGACGCUGUAAACACUCAGCUGUGCGUCCGAAACUGUUUUUUGUCGUCGUCAUUCUGUAGUGAAGAGUCACGACAUCCCGUAAUGCACCCUGAGACGGGUAGUGUCCAAGCCUUCUCUACAGAACGUGUCUUCAUGAAAAGGGCGUGGUUUCAGAAUCGGCGCCGGAUGGUAACGCACGCAGCGUCUGAUCAUUGUUGAGAAUAUUUGUGUAAAACAUGAUCUCGUUGUUCUGUUCCUGUUUUUGGAGGAUUUGUAUAUUUUGGAGUUCGGAGUGUAAAAACCUCUGACGCUCUCACUGUUCGUUUUAGUAAACUAUUUUUCUAUUGAUCCAUUUUUGGCUCUGGCUUUGUUCUUUGUGUAAUCAUCAAAUAGCCUGUAUGGCGAGGUUUUAUUUAGCUUUGUGCUCUUAAAGGUGAAUCAUUUUUGGCAUUUUGUUUUAACUUAAGUGAACUGACACAUUAAUUUAGAACGCAGCUACAAAAAGCAUGCACCACAAAGGAGGUAGGCGCCAAUAUUUAUACACAACUACAUCGUGCACUUGUAGUAAUAAUGCUGUAUUUGAUAAUUAUUAAUAAGUAAAUAGUAAUUAAUAAUUCAUUAAAAGUUGGACAUGUGUUUCACACAAUGUUGUAGAAACGUGAGGCAUCAGAGUCUUUUGGUUUCUUCGCUUCCAAAUGUUGUCCAGCCGUCAUUAGAUUUGGAUCACAGCAUCGUAAAACCGACUGGUUUUGGAUAUUCAUUUCCUUCCCCAAACAGGAAGUGAAGGUGUAUCUCGGCAGCAGCUUGAUGCAUUCAGAACAAACUUUGUACGUACACUACCGUUCAAAAGUUUGGGGUCACCCAGACAAUUUAGUGUUUUCCAUGAAAAGUCACACUUUUAUUUCCCACCAUAAGUUGUAAAAUGACUAGAAAAUAUAGUCGAGACAUUUUUCUGGCCAUUUUGAGCAUUUAAUCGACCCCACAAAUGUGAUGCUCCAGAAACUCAAUCUGCUCAAAGGAAGGUCAGUUUUAUAGCUUCUCUAAAGAGCUCAACUGUUUUCAGCUGUGCUAACAUGAUUGUACAAGGGUUUUCUAAUCAUCCAUUAGCCUUCUGAGGCAAUGAGCAAACACAUUGUACCAUUAGAACACGAGUGAUGGUUGCUGGAAAUGGGCCUCUAUACACCUAUGGAGAUAUUGCACCAAAAAACACACAUUUGCAGCUAGAAUAGUCAUUUACCACAUUAGCAAUGUAUAGAGUGGAUUUCUGAUUAGUUUAAAGUGAUCUUCAUUGAAAAGAACAGUGCUUUUCUUUCAAAAAAAGCACAUUUCAAAGUGACCCCAAACUUUUGAACGGUAGUGUAAGUGAAGGAUAUAAAUAAAAUGGUAUAAUAACUCGCAAAUUAGUCAAAAGUACUCAUCGUAUGGUGUUUGUUUGUUUCCUGAUGAUUCCCUGCUUCAUGAUUUAUCAAAGUUGUGAUGUGCAAAACAUAAUCUGACAUUCUGAACUGGAUCAAAAGUAAUUUUUGGUUUGUUUCUAACAAACUCCAUCAACACACAAAUUUGAGCCACUGCAGAGUGUCAGUAACCUGACUUGUCCACUAGGAGGCGAGCGAGAGCGAACACACACAUUACCUUUGGAUAUAUUUCUGUACAAUGUCUUUAUAUGUAGUUAUAUAUUUAAUAAACUUGUAAUAACCACA